AUGGGAGUUAGAAAAUUUGAAACAUUUGAAAUGAAAGAAGAUGAAACCAUAGACGAAAUGUUCUCCAGGUUUACAAUUAUUAUUAAUGAAUUAAGAUCUCUUGGAAAAACUUACUCCCCUCAUGAGAGAAUAAGAAAAUUACUUAGAUGUCUUCCUAAAGUAUGGAGACCAAUGGUUACUGCUAUAACUCAAGCUAAAGAUCUGACAAAUCUACCAGUUGAGGAACUUGUUGGUUCUCUUCGUGCUCAUGAAUGUAUCAUUCUAGAAGAUAAACCACAAAAGAAAGUAAAAUCAAUUGCACUCAAGGCUGUUCAAAACUCAAAAGAAACUCAACCAAAAAUUAAGGAGUCAAAUGAAUCACUUUCUGAAGAUGAGGAUGAUUUAGCACUCAUAUCUAAACGCAUUCAGCAAAUGGUAUUUCAAAGAGGACAAAACAAACAACCAUUUCGAAGGGAUACUUUAAAGGCUGAGAUAGAUAAAAGAAAAAUCACAUGCUUUGGAUGUAACAAAGUUGGACACUUCAAAACUAAAUGUCCUCAACAAAAAAGGUUCAUCAAAGGAACACCAUUCAAGAAGAAGUCAAUGAUGGCUUCAUGGGAUGACUCUGAAAAUUCAAACUCAGACACUGACGAAGAAGAAGCAAAUCUGUGCCUUAUGACUACCUCUGAAUCUGAAGUAAGUCCUCUUAUAUCCUGUAGUACUUGUCAUGAAAUGAAUUUUAUGUUUGACAAUCUGCUAGAGGAUUCAAACCUCUUAACUCAAAAAUGUCUUUUCCAAAAAGAACAAAUUUCAAACUUAAUCAAAGAAAAGGAAGAUUUAAAAAAAACCAUUGAUAAACAAUCUAUCACAAUAACUAAUUUAUAUAAUGCUCACUCUUCUCUCUCCUCUAAACAAAAAGUACUACUUGAAAAAUCAAAUCUUCCAAAAAUAGAAACUUUAGAAAACAAGAUAGAAAAUCUAACUCAGGAUAUCACAAAAUUUGUUAGGUCUACUGAAACUUUUCAAAACAUAAUGGGAUCACAAUCAGAUAAUCUAGGAAAGUUUGAUUCUAAAUCUGACAAAGGGAUAUUUAUUGGAUACUCUCAAACUUCAAAAGGAUAUAGAAUUUACAAUCUCAAAAAUCAAUGUGUGGAAGAAAGCAUGCAUGUUAUAUUUAAAGAAACUAAUGAACCUUCAAACAUUGAAAGUCUUGAUGAUGAAUUAGAUGAACAAGAGGAAAUUCUCGACAAAGAAAUUCACGUAGACUCUAUGGAAGUAUCACUUCCAACUCCUCCAAAAAGUUGGAAAACUGUACCACAUCAUCCUCAUGAUGUAAUUAUUGGUGAAACCCCUGAUCAAGUAUGUACAAGACAAUUCUUCAAAGACAAAAACAAUAACCUAGCAAUGAUAUCUCAAAUUGAACCCAAGCAUAUAAAUGAUGCAAUCCAAGAUGAUUCAUGGAUUCAAGCCAUGACUGAGGAGCUUUCACAAUUUGAAAAGAAUCAGUUGGACUUUGUGCUAGAUUCCAAACAGAUCCCAAGGAAUCUCAUCUUACUGCUGUAA